AUGAAGAUUGGUGAUCAAGAGAACUUGGAAGAUAAAAUUGAGAAACUUGAAAAAAAAUUAAUGAAAGUUGUUGAUCAAGAGUACCUAGAAAAUAGAGUUGAGAAGCUUGUAAAAACAUUAAUAGUUAAAAACAUCAAGGAACAGGAAGAUGAGGAAAAUAAAGAAUAUCCUGUUAUUGACACUGUUAAUGAGGCCGUCACAUUAUUCGCAAAGGCAUUUAAAAAUAUUUCAAAUGUUAUACCAGGAAAUAUUGCGAAAUCUGUGCUUA